AUGGAAGAACCAUCUAUUUCUCGAUGUGAGGACAUCAAAUUGGAUAUGGCUCUCACAUACUGCGAAUUUCUCGGAGAACAAGGAUUCAGAAGAAAGAGCUGCUCCCAAUGGAUACAGCGGCGUGGAUCGACCCCUUUAAAGCCAGCGGAAUAUGGCAAAGGUGUUGCUUCGAUUUUUAUGCUUCUUCUUCCUAUCGUAAUUGUCUGUUUUUGCAGG